AUGUGGAUGUUCGCGCCUACGGUUGCGACACUGCUGUCGCUCGCCUCGUUGAGCCGCUUUGUGCAGCACUCAGCUGCCAUAACGCUCAACAUCGAUGAUUCAAAUAGCAUCAAGUCUGCUGCCAGCACCAUCGCGUACGGAAUGAUGAAAUCCUACACAGGGAACCAGACGGGCCAAAUUCCUGGCUACUUGCCUCAACCAUACUACUGGUGGGAGGCAGGAUCCAUGUUCAUGACAUUAGUCGAGUACUGGUACUACACUGGCGACACUACCUACAACGACGUUACGUCACAGGCGUUACUUUUUCAGGUUGGAGAAAAUAAGGACUUCAUGCCGGCAAACCAGACAAGAGAUGAGGGUAAUGAUGACCAAGUAUUCUGGGCGUUUGCCGCCCUCUCCGCCGCCGAACUCGGCUUCCCCAACCCACCAGCAGACCAACCGCAAUGGUUGGCACUAGCCCAGGCUGUUUUCAACACACAAGCCGCGCGCUGGGAUACGACGUCCUGCGGCGGCGGGUUGCGCUGGCAGAUUUUUACUUUCAACAACGGAUACGACUACAAGAACGCCAUCUCCAACGGUGGCUUCUUCCAGCUGUCGGCCCGGCUGGCACGCUACACGGGCAACGAGACGUACGCCGACUGGGCGGACCGGAUGUGGGACUGGCUGGCCCAGUCGCCGCUGCUGGACGUGAAGUCGUCGGCGACCAAGUACACGGUCAACGACGGCUCGUCGACGACGGCGAACUGCAGCGAGGCGGACCGGCUGCAAUGGACGUACAACUACGGCACCCUCGUCUCGGGCGCCGCCUACAUGUACAACCACACCAACGGCUCCGCCGUCUGGGAGACGCGCCUGUCGGCCCUCCUCAACGGCACCUACGACGUCUUCUUCCCCAAACAGUACGCCGGCGGCACCAUCAUGUCCGAAAUCACGUGCGAGCAGGGCCAGACGUGCGACAACGACCAGCCGUCCUUCAAGGCGUACCUGUCGCGCUGGAUGGCCGUCGCGGCGCAGAUCGCCCCUUUUACCGCCGCAGCCAUCGCCCCGCGCAUCCGCGCCAGCGCCCAGGGCGCCGCCAAGCAGUGCGCCGGCGGCGACGGCGGCAUCAUGUGCGGCAGGCGCUGGUACCAGGACGACUGGGACGGCUUCCAGGGCAUCGGCGAGCAGAUGAGCGCCCUGAGCGUCGUCCAGGCCAACAUGCUGUUCUUGGACAACGGCUCCGGCGGCGGCGGCGCGACGUCGCUCCGGCCGCCGUUGAGCGCGAAUACCGGCGGCAACAGCACCGGCGACCCCAGCGCCGGCACGGGGAGCGGCGUUGCGAAGCCCAGGGUAGACGAGGUGACGGGGAGUGAUAGGGCAGGCGCGGCGAUUUUGACGGUGGGGUUGGUGGUUUUGACGAUUGGCGGCGCGGUGUUUAUGAUACUAUGA